AUGUUUGGCGAGUCGGCCGGUGCCAUAUCGACCAGUCUCCACAUUUUGUCCCCAAUUACUCGUCACUUAUUCCAGAGGGCUAUCAUUAUGUCGGGCGCCGCCUCUAAAACCCUGUGCACCUCUACCGACGCCGAGAGUGUAUGGUAUGAAAGGGCAGUGGCUUUCGGUUGCGGGUCUGCCAGCGAUGGCACAGCCCAUGAGUUUACACCGGAGAUGAUUGAGUGUAUGGCCAGACUGUCCACCGAAGAUCUACUUAAAGCCAGGGGUCUAGGGCUCAGUCGCUGCGAACUGGAUCUCAUGAUUGAUGGCGAGUUUGUACCCAACAAUCCCUUAGAAUUGCUUAAGUCGGGCGACUAUAAGCGGGAUAUAAAUGUGCUAAUCGGUACGGUAGACAACGAGGGUAGUAUGUUUCUCGGCUCGUUUAUUGACCCUAUUAAGUUUAACAAGUGGCAACCACUGCCCAUUAGUUACCACGAUGCGUAUGAAUAUGCCAUCAGCUUUUUAACAGGCUUUCACCGCCUGCCCCACACUGGCUCUCAGCAAGUGGUCGACACAUACUUCAACGGUCUGUCCAAUGAGACCAAUCAUGAAGUUUUAAUUCAGACCGUUGGCCGACUGGUGGGUGACCUUUGGCUCACGUGUCCAACAAAAUUGUUUGCCCGAUAUAUACACUCCGGACACCCGAAGAGUCGUGUAUACGAGUACUACUAUAACGCCAAGUCUACGGCCGGACAUCAAUUGUUUUGCUCUGAUUGGAUGGGUGUCUGUCAUUUCGAUGAUAUCUAUCCCGUGUUUGGUCUACCGUUUCAAGAGUACGACAGGUAUGACCGCCGGGAACGCCAAAUAUCGGCCCAAAUGAUUGAUGUGUUUACGGAAUUUGCACGCAAUGGACAGCCGCCCAAACAGUCGGGCGCCGAUUGGCGGCCGUAUUAUACGGUUAACGACAAUACAGUUAUCGCUCCGUAUUAUGAGUUCACUGUUGAGCCCAAAGUUAACACUAAUUUUGGUUUAAAUUGUUUGUUUUUGGUUUUAUUAUCAAAGGCAGUAAUUAAAUGCGAAACGAAAAAUGCCAACACAAUUGUCAGCGUUAGAGUGACCAACGGUCUGAUCACCGGCUUUGCGGACCAGUUAUAUGGCGUCAAAAUAAACGCCUUUUUAGGCAUACCAUACGCCGAGCCACCAGUCGGUGACUUGAGGUUCAAAAAGCCUAUGCCGGUGAGAGAGGCCUGGCCUAAACCAGUGGGCGCCACCAAAUGGCCCAAAGCGUGUAUUCACGCA